ACGUUUUCCCGAAAAGUUUGACCUACAUUAUGAUAACUCUGCCCGAAGUUUUCGGGAAAACGUCCAUUCAGGAAAAUGGAUCUUUGGGAUAAAGUCGGACAUUGAUGACACGAUACUAUUUCAAAAAACCGUCGACGUUUUUGCUUGA